GAGCACUUUUACUAAUCGAAUAUACACUACACCAGCAAAGACAAGCUAAAUCGUAAGGCAGACCGUAAGCGAAAUCGUUGUCAGUACUGCAGAAUCAAGCAGUGAUACGAGGCACAGUCAGAGGCACAUCUUCACGUUGCUCCUGAGAUUUUGGGACUCCUGUGGAAUCUAUCAACAGUAUAUCUUGAGCCAUAUACAUCGUGUCAGGAGAGCACAAAAAACACAAAGCCAACUUAGCUGGUCUUCAGUUGGGAGUUAGAAAUCAAUUUAUUACUUUGCAUCAGUUUGCUUACCGGUCAUUUUUCAUCAGUUGCUGGAGAACGAUCGAAUCAAAUGCUGGGAUUAACGAAUAGGUAUAACCUGAGCUCGGCUAAUAUGGGUCCUGAAGUUAGUUCUAGAUCUGUACGGUCUACUUUGCAAGCUGAGGCUCCAAUGUCCCUGAAUGAACCACUAAACAACCAGGUAUUCACACAUGGAUACGUCCAUGGACACAUUCACAAGCACAAGGACCACACACAUAUACAUGGUCAUAUACAUAAUCAUGACCACGACCAUCAAGUGCAAGAGAGCAGGCUUGGAAACAACGGUGGCAACGAUAUUGGGAAGAUGCUCGAAAACGCCGAGGACUGCAAGCAGUUUGAGGAGUUGGCAUAUUGCAAAGAUAUCUUUUGUGACGAACUAGACGAUUGUUUCUUUUUGAGCUGUGAUAGCACCAAAAAGCUGGCAAAUGGCGGAAGCUGUGAUGCGGAUGGCUCCUACUUGGCUACUGAAUCUACCUGCUGUGAUGAUUCAAGAUGUGUUGAAAUUCACUCAAGGGGUGACGACCACGAGGGUGAGCACGAUAUCACAUGUUGUGAUGAUGAAAACUGCCUGGAAUUAAGAUCAAGUCACCCAAAUCUGGAUUCAGACUGUUCUGUAUAUGACGAUGACUGUUUGCCUGACUGUUGUGAUGGUGCUAAUUCUUCAACAGAGCACAUUCAUUGUUCGAAUAAGCACCAAGAUAUCUGCGAGCCCCAGUUGUCUAAGCGUCCAAUCUUUGAGAAUUUGAUCACUAACGUUCAUCAGAACUUAAAUCUUAUACCAGAGCUUUAUGAGAAUAAAUCUUUGAAUGUUGACAAUAACAUCGAUGAGUCCAAUAGUCGCAAGAGAAGAAAAGUUGAUGAUGCCAAAGAUUUUGAAAUUCAUUUCCCACAUGCAUGCCACCCAGCCCCCGAAAGUAAUACUCUGUCACUGAAAUCGAGCAAUGAACUGACAAACAAGGAAUACUAUGCAUCUCGGGAUAAAACUAGCCACAAUCAUAUUCGGCAGUCGUGUUUUCAUACAACAAUACCAAAUUCCAGUACAGGGUCUUUUAAUGUUGAUGAUUUGAUGCUUGAUUUUGACUUCUACGUCCAAUUCAAUACUUUUAACCAAUACCUUAAUAAUAACCUUGGUAUUACUCAAGGAAGCCAUCAAGAUUUAGCAGGAAGUAGCUAUGGAUCAUCGAUUGAGAACGUGAAGUCGAGGAAGGUUUCAGAAAAUAAGCAUCUUUUGUCUACCCCUAUGGGGCCGCAGUUAGAAUUGAUGAACAAGUUUUCACCUUCUGCAGAAAGAUCAAUUCCUUCAGAAACUUCAUCUGACAACCUAUCAGUGACUGCUACAUCUGCAUACCCAUGCCAGUGGGAUAAUUGUUUCCGUAAAGUCACUGAUGAUACUUUUAUGAAACAUUUAAUUGACCAGCAUAUUCGUCAGGACUAUGGUGUACCUGAACCUCCAACAUCUAUUAAUCCCAAGGCGACUUCAUACCUGUGUGAAUGGAAUGACUGUAACUAUAUGGAUAAUAGUUUCAACUCAUUCGUUGACCAUUUGAAUGUACACAAAGAUCAACUACAUGCCCAAUUCCCCGUUAACAAUUAUAGUACGGGGUCCAGUCAGUACAUACCAACUUUGGAUAGUCAGAGUCAAUUUCUUUUAACUCCAAGUUCGACAAUUUCAUCACCAGUCUUGAAAGAUGUUCAGGGGAUGACUUCAGAUGCCAAUAACAUGAAUUCUACUGAUUUAAAAGCCAUUAAAGAUCAAAAUCAACUUAAUAUUACAUCAUUGAAGAUCAUGCCCCAAAAGAGGAAGUCUCCUCCAACACAUUCGAGUGAAAGCAAGUGGCCCCAUGUUUGUAAAUGGGACGUGGGAACUGAUGCGAAUGGUAACCCAGUUGCUUGUAACCGGGUACAUGAAACAGAUGGUGAGCUUCAAGAGCAUUUGAUCAAAGAUCACAUUGGGUCAGGCAAACCGAUCUAUCAUUGUAAGUGGAUUGGCUGCGAAAGACAUAAUGGUAAGUCAUUUAACCAGAGGCAAAAAUUAUUCAGGCAUAUUCACAUUCAUACAAACUAUAAGCCAUGCAAAUGUGACAUUUGUGGAGCUUCGUUUGCGGUUGAAUCUAUAUUGAAACAGCACAUGAGAACUCACUCGGGUGAAAAGCCAUUCUCAUGCUCUAUUUGCGGUAAGCAAUUCGCGACUAGUUCUUCUUUAUCCAUCCACAAGAGAGUGCAUAGCGGCGAAAAACCACUUCAAUGUAAAUGGCCAGGAUGCAACAAGUGUUUCAGGGAGAGUUCUAACUUAACAAAGCACAUGAGGACUCAUUAUAAGACCUUUCACUGUGAAAUAUGCGGUGAGGAGUUUGAUAAGAAACCUAACUACACAAAACACAUGAAGCUACACAAAUCUAAGUGCACAAUUAAUGAGCCCAUUGCUGGACAUACUGGCGUCAAGAUAGAGAUUUAAUAGUUAGGAUUUAGGUUUAUAGUAAUAAUUUAUCUUUAGAUUUUCGAGUAGCGCACGCCUCAAAAUACAUCGGUGAAUGUCGCAUAAUAGGGU